AAAACAAGUACAUGUUAAAGUUUCUCCAACUUUCACCAGAAGGAACAUCAGCCAUGUCAAGCACAAUCUUCAACUUGUUGCACUUUUUUCUGAUCCUUGACUCCAUCUGGGCUAAACUGGCACCGGAGGACACCGGCGCCGCCGUGCGCAAAGGCGCACAUGUGGAACCGGGUACGGAGCAGCGCGUCUUUGCGCAGGAAAACGCAAACCGGGACAUGAUUUCCUUCAACAUGUUCAAAGUUUACGAAAAGUACCGUGAAGAUCCGCAGAGUCAGGAGGACGGGAACACCGUGAGGAGCUUCAAGGCCGAGCCGAGGAUCUCACACAGUAAAGAGGUUUUCCAGUUCAAUCUGUCUACAAUCCCAGAGUCAGAGCUCAUCUUGUCCGCAUCGUUCCACUUCCUUUACCAGCGCCAGCGUCACUACCAAAGAUCGAUGCGUCUUAGAAGACCUCGCCAUCCGUCUGUGCAGUUCUCCUCCGUCCCUCAACUUUUCUUCCAGGGCACGAAUUCACCUUUUGUGAAGUUAGGAAACAUAACUCUGGCUCCUUUCAAGAAAGGCUCCUGGCAAUCAAGGGAUGUUACUGCGAUAGUGAAGCACGCUCGAGAAAUCAAGGAACUUUUGAUAACGUUAGAGUUCGAUGCCGAGUUUGGAGCAUCUCAGACACGUCUCACAUCUGAGAAUCUACCGUAUAUUCUUGUGUAUGCUGAUGACCAAGCCAUAGGUGAACCAAACAGUGUGGCUUUGUCACUGCAGCGAUACGGACCCUUCCCAGAAGGGGGCGACAUAUCCACUUCAACCUCUGCCUCAAGGAUUAGGAGAGAACUUAAGGUCCAGAGCCAAACAAAUAACAUCCCAGAGGUUCAAUUCAACACUUUGAAAAAUCACGAACUGUGGCAGAACACCUAUUUUCCAGCAAAAUCCAAAGCAGGAGUGAAACCAGCAAAGAAACAAAUUAAGGAGAACAGUGAGGGUCUAAACACGCCCCAGGUGCUGAGCUUCGAUGAGAGAACUAUGAAGAAAGCCAGGAGGAGACAAUGGAGUGAGCCCAGGGUUUGUUCCAGGAGGUACCUCAGAGUGGACUUCGCCGACAUCGGCUGGAGUGAGUGGGUUCUGGCACCAAAGUCGUUUGAUGCCUACUACUGCGCCGGGACCUGUGGGUUCCCCAUCCCAAAAGUGGCACGGCCGUCCAACCACGCCACCAUCCAGAGCAUCGUCAGAGCAGUGGGGAUCGUGCCUGGUGUCCCCGAGCCCUGCUGCGUUCCAGAGAAGAUGAGUCCUCUCAGCGUGCUUUUCCUGGAUCUGAGCAGGAACAUGGUCCUGAAGGUUUACCCUGGAAUGUCUGUGGACACCUGUGCCUGUCGGUAGGACAAAGACUGUGGACAGUGGUUGGACAGAAAUCAGAAGUCAAUUCAAAGCAAGAAGGAUAGUCAGAGUGAGACACACCAUGGAAGUUAUCAUUGUAAAAAACGUUUGAGAAAAACUCUUGUGUCUGAUUUUCUUUUUGCAUAACCGUUUUAAAUGCACUUAAAGAAACGUGUAUAAACCUCUGUACCGAUUGUUCCGUUUGUUGGAAAGGUUAAAGAAGUGAUCUCUCUGUCUCCGUUGGGAUCUUUCGCAGCCCAUUUAUGCUCCUUUUGUUCAGUUCUAAAAACUUUCUGGCAGCAGCUGUAUCUUGUUGUGCUCAUUUCUGUCACCAAGAAUCAUCACAGGAACUCUGACUGAACAGACUCUGUAGGAGGGUUUUGGACACUGUGUUAAGAGAAAGCACAUUUACAUGUCAACAGAAUUCCACGGGGAUUUCGUGUAAAUACUACAGCUACUUACGCAAACUUAAUAAUAUUUUUGUAUUUCAUAUGUCAGAGCUUAAAGAACUAAAGCUUAGUUUCGCAUAUCUUGACACAGCAGAGGGAGAAAAAUGGUAUAAUGCUGCCCUCUGCUGGUCAACUCGAGGACUCUUAACAGCUUAUUCGUGUACAGUUUGUAAAAUGUACAGUACUCGUUAGGAUUGUCAUAUUAUAACUGCUCGUUAUUUCUUACCACUAAACCACAGAUAUAAUGUGUGCAUCAUACAUAAUAUUCUGAAAUUGUACAUAAAACCAGAAAGUCAUUUUAUAAAAUAAGUAUAUAGACAUAGGUGUACAUACAUGUUUGUAUUAGACAUAAACCAAACCAUAACCUGCUGUUCAUCAACACCAUUACUGUUAAAUAAUAUUAUUAAAAGUGUAAUGUCCUGCUUUAAUAAUGUUUUCGCUAAUAAUAUAGUAUGUUUUGUUUUUGGGAAAGAAAUUAAAGCACCGAUUUUGGACAGUG